AUGAUGUCGGGUAAAAUGAAACCAGCCAUGCGACGGAUAUUCUACUGUGUGACUCGUGGUUUUCACAAAUCUUCCACUAAAUAUGCUCGAUGGCGGGACAGCUACAAGAUGGGGCAAUUUAUGCCAGAGCUGGGCGAUAAAAAACCAACACACAUUGUCGUCGGUGCAGGCUCUGCUGGAUGUGUUAUGGCCUCUCGAUUGUCUGAGAAUCCAAAUAAUCGAGUGUUGAUGAUCGAGGCCGGUCCACAGGAUCAUUGGUGGGACUGGCGAUUACAUAUGCCUGCAGCAUUGAUGUACAACCUCUGCCACGAUCGAUACAAUUGGUACUACCAUACAGUGGCACAGAAGAAUGCAGCGAACCGCACGUUCUACUGGCCAAGAGGCAGAGUUUGGGGUGGAUGUUCGUCAUUGAAUGCGAUGGUGUAUGUACGAGGUCAUCCACUCGAUUAUGAUCGAUGGGAAUCUGAGGGUGCAAAAGGAUGGAAUUACAAAAAUUGUCUACCGUACUUCAAAAAAGCCGAGACUUAUACCCAUUCAAAGGGCCCUGACGAUCCAUACAGAGGUAAUAACGGGCCGUUAUACGUGACUCGCGGCCAUGCUGAACAUCCAUUGCAUCAAGCGUUUCUCGAAGCUGGCCGUCAGCAUCCCGUAGGGACCACUGAGGACAUGAACGGCUUCAAGCAAGAGGGUUUAGGAACCAUGGAUAUGACAAUUCGUGAUGGUGUACGGUAA